AGGGACCGCCGGGAAGUGUAGUCGAGCUAGGUUAGACGGGACUACAAGCAUGGCAGGAUUGGAGCUGCUGUCGGAUCAGGGCUACCGCGUGGACGGGCGGAGGGCCGGAGAACUGCGCAAGAUCCAAGCGCGGAUGGGCGUCUUCGCGCAAGCCGAUGGUUCGGCCUACAUCGAACAAGGCAAUACCAAGGCGCUAGCCGUGGUCUACGGACCCCACGAGAUGCGGGGUUCUCGAUCAAGAGCAUUGCCAGACAGAGCACUGGUGAACUGCCAGUAUAGCAUGGCCACAUUCAGCACUGGGGAACGGAAGCGGCGGCCCCAUGGGGACCGCAAGGCCUGUGAAAUGGGACUCCAGCUGAGGCAGACCUUUGAGGCUGCCAUCCUGACCCAAUUAUACCCUCGCUCCCAGAUUGACAUCUAUGUCCAGGUGCUACAGGCAGAUGGUGGUAAUUAUGCAGCCUGUGUGAAUGCAGCUACUUUAGCCGUGUUGGAUGCAGGGAUCCCAAUGAGAGAUUUUGUGUGUGCCUGUUCGGCCGGUUUCGUGGAUGGCACAGCCCUGGCCGACCUGAGCCACGUGGAAGAGGCAGCGGGUGGACCCCAGCUGGCUUUGGCUCUGUUGCCCGCCUCUGGCCAGCUUGCUCUGCUAGAGAUGGAUGCACGGCUGCAUGAGGACCACUUGCAGCAGGUACUAGAAGCAGCUUCCCAAGCUGCCCGUGAUGUUCACGCCUUAUUGGACCGAGUGGUCAGGCAGCAUGUCCGGGAGGCUGCCCUGCUUCUUGGAGACUGACCCCACCCUGCAAUAAAGUCUUUUGGUCUUUCCUUAUGAGGCUGGUGCUUCCAUAGCCUUCCCUCUGCUUUUCUCCACAGGGGCAGCAGUCCUUCCUCCCUUUAGGAACAGUCGUUUGGGACUUGACAGAAUAGAUGGACUCCACACAUGGGAAGUCCCACUGGUGUGGCAGUGCCUUUUAGAGCAGUGUUUCAGAUAUAUUCAAGGUCUUUCUAAUUUAAUAAGUAUAGGUAAAUGUCUAGGGAUCAUUGAAGCUUAAGAACGUUUACCCGUUAGCCUACUAUUUGACUUGGUGCUGUAUUUAAUUUGAUCACAUACAUUGUUAACUCCAGGAAUAUAAUUGAAUAAUUUCUUACUAAUUAAUAAAAUAGACAUCUUAUUAAUUAGCUUUUGCCCCUACCCAGUUCAUUGAAUAUUAAUUAUCUAAUGAACUGGAAAAACCUCCUUUCCCAAUAGCAAUUACUUGUUUUUCUAUAUAGUGAAUAACAGAUCUCACACAAGUCUUUAACUAAAACAACAGCUAAUAAAGACAUAUGCAGUUAUUUAUAGUA